AUGGAGAAAGUCAAUAUCGACGACCAUCACGAUGGCAAGGCUAUCGAUUCGAUCGUUGAACAUGUCCCUCCAAAGGUCGAACAAGCUCGAGCAGCCGCUGAAGAAGAACACAAUCUCUCAGCUUGGGAGGCCCUUUCCAAGCACAGGACCGUUGUCUUCUGGUGUGUGUUUUUUGCCUUCAGUUGCAUUGGCUGGGGAUUCGAUGCACAGGUCAAUGGUGCCAUGAUCUCAGUGCCCCAGUUUCGGUAUACAUUCGGCUACAUCUACAAAGGGGACCCGGUGAUCCCUGCUAGCUGGCAGAGCGGUUUCAACAGUAUCUCCAGCGUCGGUCAAUUCUUUGGUGGCUUCAUGUGCUCAUGGAUCUCCGACCGUAUCGGCCGUCGUUACUCUCUCCUCGUAGGGCUGCUGUUUGUCACUGCGGGGAUAUUCGGCGAGGUCUUCUCGAGCACCCGACCAGCCUUCCUCAUCGGCAAGUUGAUUCUUGGGAUUGGCCUUGGGUUCUAUCUUACCAUCGGUCCCCUCUACUGCUCUGAGGUGGCGCCGGUCGUUCUUCGUGGUAUAAUCACCGGUGGCAUCAACUUUGCCAUUGUCAUUGGCCAGCUCCUGUCCAAUGCCGUUAUCAAAGGAUUUGGGGACAGGUCUGAUCGCUGGGCUUUUCGAGGGCCUUUUGCCAUUCAAUGGUUAUUUGUUGCCAUUCUUCUCGUCGGACUCCCAUUUGCUCCCGAGUCUCCGUGGUACUACGUUCGCCGUGGUCGCAUAGACGAUGCUCGCCAUGCGCUGGAGCGUCUGCACGGCAAGGAUGUCGACGUCGCACCGAAGCUGGCCAUGAUUAUUCGCACCGUCGAGGAGGACGCCGAGUUGACCAAGUCUGCACGAUGGGAUCAAUGCUUCCGUGGCACCAACCUCGUGCGCACCACCAUCUCCGUGGGUGCCUUUGCUUGCCAGCACCUCUCUGGUAUUGUCUUUGUGUUGGGAUUCUCGACCUACUUCUUCGAGCUUGCGGGUAUCCAGACCAAGGACGCUUUCGACCUCGGCGUUGGCGUCACGGCCUGUGGUGUGGUUGGCGUCAUGAUCUCUUGGGCCGCCAUCAACACUCUGGGUCGGAGAAAGUUGUUCGUCUGGGGUAUGAUUGGUAUGACUGUUGUCCUCAUCUUAAUGGGCAUUCUCGACGUCGUCCACACUUCGGCUGCUCGCUGGGUCCAGGCAUCCUGCACAGUUGUCUAUGCGCUUAUCUACCAGAUCACAAUCGGCUGCAUCGCGUUCGCGCUGCUCGGUGAGGUCUCCACCCCCUCACUUCGAGCGAAGACGGUCGGUCUGGCCACCGCAUGUCAAGCUGUAUUUGGCACGGUGAUGAACAUUGUGGUUCCUUACAUGGUCAACCCAGACAAGGCCAAUUUGAAGGGUAAAGUUGGCUUCGUCUUCGGUGGAGCCUGCCUUUUGGGCACUUUCUGGAGCUACUUCUACGUGCCCGAGCUGAAAGGCCGUACGUUCCAGGAGAUUGAUUAUUUGUUCCAGCACCGAGUGCCCCCCAGGAAAAUGGGCCAGUACAACCUUGAGGAAGUCAAUGAUGUUAUAUGA